CCGCUUUCCUUCAGCAUGGACGUCCUGGCGGCCUGGGCCGCCACCAACCCGGCUGUGGCUCGGCUCCUCUGGGUCCUGGUACUGGUGCUGGCCACGCUCCUGGUCUGGCUCUUCUUCUUCUGCUGCUACAGCUGGAACCAGAGCUCCUCACCCUCACUGGAGAAAUACCUGGCAGUGAUGGUGAAGCAGUCCAAAACUAAAGCUCCAGCUCAGAGGAAGAAAAAGUCUAAGGAGAAACCGGCAGCAGCAGCGUUGGAAGAAGUGGCGAUUGUGAAGGAGUCGUCUGUGACUUUUGGACACGAGACACUGUGUCCGUCCGUGAGGAAGAGGAAGAGACGAGCUCGUAAAGGCGGCAUGGAAACAGUGAGUGGCGAGAAAACACAGAAGGCAAUGGACGAGGUGAAGGACAAGCCCAGGAGGAGGCCUCUGGUCAGGGCUGCAUCGGAGGAGACCUCCAGCGACCUGGGCUUCAUCAGCAGCUCUCCGCCCCGUGGAGACACACUACCCUGGAACCUGCCUAAGCACCAUCGCAUGAAGAGAUCCAAGUCUGCCUCUGGAGACGUGCUGGACCCGGCAGAGAGGGCCGUCAUCCGCAUUGCAGAUGAACGGGACCGAGUUCAGAAAAAGACCUUCACAAAAUGGGUGAACAAGCACCUGAUGAAGUCCCAGAGACACAUCACCGACCUGUACGAGGACCUCAGAGAUGGACACAACCUCAUCUCCCUGCUGGAGGUGCUCUCUGGAGAGACACUGCCGCGGGAGAAAGGCCGGAUGCGCUUCCACAAGCUGCAGAAUGUACAGAUCGCUCUGGACUUUCUGAAACACAGACAGGUCAAACUGGUCAACAUCAGGAAUGAUGAUAUUGCAGAUGGAAACCCCAAGCUGACCCUGGGUCUGAUAUGGACCAUCAUCCUCCACUUCCAGAUCUCAGACAUUCAGGUCAACGGUCAGUCGGACGACAUGACGGCCAAAGAGAAGCUGCUGCUGUGGUCUCAGAGGAUGGUGGAAGGAUACCAGGGACUGCGCUGCGACAACUUCACCACCAACUGGAGGGACGGAAAGCUCUUCAACGCCAUCAUACACAAGCACAGGCCAACUCUCAUUGACAUGAGUCAAGUUUACCGACAGAGCAACCAGGAGAAUCUGGAGCAGGCCUUCAGCGUCGCUGACAGAGAGCUGGGCGUCACCAGGCUGCUGGACCCCGAGGAUGUGGACGUGCCUCAUCCAGAUGAAAAGUCCAUCAUCACAUAUGUCUCCUCUCUGUACGAUGUCAUGCCCAGAGUUCCAGAUGUGCAGGACGGUGUCAAAGCCAACGAGCUGGAGCUGCGUUGGCAGGAGUAUUAUGAGGUGGUCACAGUUCUGCUGCAGUGGAUCAGGCACCACAUCCUCGUCUUCGAGGAGAGGAAGUUCCCCAGCAGCUAUGAGGAGAUUGAGGUUCUUUGGCGUCAGUUCCUCAAGUUCAAGGAAACUGAGCUUCCCGCGAGGGAGGCUGACAAGAACCGAUCCAAACACAUCUUCAAGUCUUUUGAGGGUGCCGUCCAGGCCGGUCACGUCAAAGUGCCACCAGGUUACCAUCCUUUUGACGUGGAGAAGGAAUGGGGUCGCCUGCACGUUGCCAUCCUGGAGCGCGAGCGACUCCUGAGGACUGAAUUUGAGCGGCUGGAGCGUCUUCAGAGGGUUGUCAGUAAGGUCCAGAUGGAGUCCGGGGUGUGUGAGGAGCAGCUCAACCAGGUGGAGACUCUGCUGCAGACGGACAUGAGGAUGAUGAACGCGGGGAAACCGGCUCAGCACGCGGCAGAGAUGGAGGCCGACCUGGAAAAAGCAGAGGGAAUGAUCCGCCUCCUCUUCAACGACGUGCAGCUGCUCAAAGACGGACGCCACCUUCAAGCUGAGCAGAUGUACCGCAGAGUGUAUCGUCUCCACGAGCGGCUGGUGAACCUCCGCAGCGAGUACAACCUGCGCCUCAAGUCCGGCGUGACCAUCACGCAGGUCCCCAUGACUCAGCAGAUCCCCAUGACUCAGAUCCACACGGCCCAGGUCCUGCAGCAGGCCCCCAUGAGGGUGCGGCCCGAGCUGGACGAGGUCACCCUCCGCUACAUCCAAGACCUGCUGGGCUGGGUGGAGGAGAACCAGCGCCGCGUGGACGAAGGGGAGUGGGGAUCCGACCUGCCCACUGUGGAGUCACAGCUGGGCAGCCACCGUGGCCUGCACCAGUCUGUGGAGGAGUUCCGCUCCAAGAUCGAGAGGGCGAAGGCCGAUGAGAGCCAGGUUUCUCCUGCCAGUAAAGCAGCUUAUCGCGACUAUCUGGGAAAACUGGAGCUACACUACGGCAAACUCCUGAACGCCUCGAAGGCUCGUCUGCGUUACCUGGCCGAACUCCACGCCUUUGUCGUCGCGGCGACCAAAGAGCUGAUGUGGCUGAACGAGAAAGAGGAGGAGGAGGUGAACUACGACUGGAGCGACAAAAACACCAACAUGACGGCCAAGAAAGACAACUACUCGGGUUUGAUGAGAGAGCUGGAGCUCAGGGAGAAGAAGGUGAACACUGUCCAGACCACAGGAGACAAACUGCUGAGAGACGGACACCCAGCCAAGAAGACCAUCGAGGCCUUCACUGCAGCUCUGCAGACUCAGUGGAGUUGGAUCCUGCAGCUGUGCUGCUGCAUCGAGACCCACCUGAAAGAAAACACCGCCUACUUCCAGUUUUUCUCUGACGUGAAAGAGGCAGAGGAGCGGAUCAAAAAGAUGCAGGACACCAUGAAGAGGAAGUACACGUGUGACCGCUCCAUCACGGUCACGAGGCUGGAAGACCUGCUGCAGGACGCAGCUGAUGAGAAAGAGCAGCUGGCAGAGUUCAGAGCUCACCUGGAAGGACUGAAGCGAAGAGCCAAGGCCAUCAUUCAGCUGAAACCACGUAACCCGACGACACCAUUGAAGGGCAAACUGCCCAUUCAGGCUGUUUGUGACUUCAAACAGAUGGAGAUCACCGUUCACCGAGGAGAUGAAUGCGCUCUGCUCAACAACUCACAGCCAUACAAGUGGAAGGUGCUGAAUGACACGGGCUGCGAGUCUUCCGUACCAUCUAUCUGCUUCCUGGUUCCACCCACCAAUAAGGAUGCUGUGAACAGCGUUGCCGGGCUGGAAGGAAACCUGCAGAGGCUGCAGUUGAUGUGGCAGACCAUGUUUGUGGACAUGAAGAGCCUGAUGUCCUGGCAGUACCUGAUGAGAGACAUCCACAUCAUCAAAACGUGGAACAUCUCCAUGUUUAAGACUCUCAGGGUGGAGGAAUACCGACUGGCUCUGAGAAAUCUGGAGCAGCACUACCAGGACUUCCUCAGAGACAGCCAGGACUCACAGAUGUUCGGGGCUGAGGACCGAAUGCAAGUGGAGUCCAACUACAACAAAGCCAACCAGCACUAUAACACCAUGGUCACAUCUGCUGAGCAAGGCUACGUGCCACCCAGGACAGGAGAGCAGGACGAGUCAGUGUGUAAGACUUACCUGACGCAGAUCAAGGACCUGCGUCUGAUGCUGGAGGGAUGCGAGAAUAGAACCAUCACGCGUCUCCGCCAGCCUGUGGACAAGGAGCCGCUGAAGGCCUGCGCCCUGAAGACGACAGAGCAAAUGAAAGUGCAGACCGAGUUGGAAGGCCUGAAGAAAGACUUAAACGCCAUCGCUGAGAAGUCAGAGGAAGUUCUCGUGUCGUCUCAGCAGUCCAGCUCUGCCCCGAUGCUGCGCUCCGAACUGGACCUCACGCUGAGGAAGAUGGACCAUGUCUACGGCUUGUCUUCUGUCUACCUGGACAAGCUGAAGACCAUUGACAUGGUGAUCAGAAACACCACAGAUGCAGAGGACACGCUGAAGAACUACGAGACGCGUCUGCGCGACGUCAUUAAAGUUCCAUCUGAUCAGAGGGAGGUGGAGCAGCAUCGCAGGCAGCUCAAGUCAAUGCGCACAGAAGCCGAGGCCGAUCAGUUGGUGUUUGACCGCCUGCAGGACGAGCUCCGUAGGGCGACGGCGGUCACUGACAAGAUGACAAGGAUCCACAGCGAGCGAGACGGCGAGCUGGAGCAUUACCGUCAGCUGGUCAACAGCCUGCUGGAGCGCUGGCAGGCCGUGUUCGCCCAGGUCGAUCUGAGGCAGCGGGAGCUCGACCUCCUCGGACGUCACAUGAACUCGUACAACGACAGCUAUGACUGGCUCAUCCGAUGGCUCACAGAGGCGAGACAGAGGCAGGAGAAGAUCCAAGCCGUGCCAAUCAGUGGCAGCAAGGCUCUCAAGGAGCAGCUGGCAGAUGAGAAGAAACUUCUGGAAGAGAUCGAGAAAAACAAGGACAAGAUUGAUAGCUGCCAUAAGAACGCUAAAGAUUACAUUGAUUCAGUCAAGGAUUACGAGUUCCAGGUUUUGACAUACAAAGCCCUUCAAGAUCCAAUAGCGUCUCCUCUAAAGAAACCUAAAAUGGAGUGUGCAUCUGAUAACAUCAUCCAGGAGUAUGUGACUCUGAGAACCCGCUACAGUGAGCUGAUGACUCUCACCAAUCAGUACAUCAAAUUCAUCAUGGAUAUGCAGCGCCGCCUGGAGGACGAUGAGAAAGCGUCUGAGAAACUCAAAGAGGAGGAGAGAAGAAGGAUGGCAGAGAUACAAGCGGAGUUAGAUAAACAGAAGCAGUUGGCUGAAGCUCAUGCUAAAUCUGUGGCCAAAGCAGAACAAGAGGCACAGGAGCUGAAGCUGAAGAUGAUGGAAGAGGCCACCAAGAGGCAAGACGUCGCAGUAGACGCAGAGAAACAGAAGCAAAACAUACAGCAAGAGCUGCAACAUCUCAAGAGUCUGUCUGACCAGGAGAUCAAGUCCAAGAAUCAGCAGCUGGAGGAGGCGCUCGUCAGUCGUAGAAGGAUCGAGGAAGAAAUCCACAUAAUUAGAAUCCAGUUAGAGACAACAAUAAAGCAGAAGACAACAGCCGAGGCUGAGCUACAGAAGCUCGGAGACAAAGCUGCCGAGGCUGAGAUGCUCAGGAAGACUGCUCAGGAUGAAGCAGAAAGGCUUCGUAAGCAGGUAACUGAGGAGACUCAGAAGAAGAGGAACGCAGAAGAUGAGCUGAAACGUAAGUCUGACGCUGAAAAAGAGGCAGCCAGGCAAAAGCAGAGAGCACUGGAUGAUCUGGAGAGAUUCAAAAUGCAAGCAGAGGAGGCGGAGAGACGUAUGAGACAGGCUGAGCAGGAACAACUGAGGCAGAUAAAGGUAGUCGAGGAGGUGGCGCAGAAGACGGCUGCCGCACAUUUGCAAACCACAUCAAUGUCCUUUAAUGAAAAGGCUACACAACUCGAGGAAUCGCUGAAGAAAGAGCAAGGUACUGUCCUCAAGUUGCAGGAGGAAGCUGAUAAACUCAGGAAGCAACAGGAGGAAGCAAACAAAGCAAGGGAACAAGCAGAGAAAGAGCUUGAAACAUGGAGACAGAAAGCCAAUGAGGCUCUCCGCUUGAGGCUACAGGCGGAGGAGGAAGCCCAAAAGAAGAGCCAGGCUCAGGAGGAUGCAGAAAAGCAGAAGCUUGAGGCAGAGCGAGAUGCCAAGAAAAAGGCUAAAGCAGAAGAAGCUGCACUGAAACAGAAGGAGAAUGCAGAGAAAGAGUUGGAAAAACAGAGGAAAUUUGCAGAACAAAUAGCUCAGCAAAAGCUGUCCGCAGAACAAGAGUGCAUUCGUUUCAAGGCAGACUUUGAACAUGCUGAACAACAGAGGGGCCUGUUGGAUAACGAGCUCCAGCGUCUUAAAAAUGAAGUGAACGCUGCUGAAAACCAAAGGAAACAACUGGAAGAUGAGCUGGCUAAAGUCAGAUCUGAAAUGGACGGGCUUCUCCAGAUGAAGAUUAAAGCAGAGAAGGUGACACUGGUGACCUCCGAAAAGAGCAAGCAGCUUCUCGAGUCUGAAGCAAUGAAAAUGAAACAACUUGCAGAUGAAGCAGCCAGAAUGAGGUCCGUUGCAGAAGAGGCAAAGAAGCAGCGGCAGAUCGCAGAGGAUGAGGCUGCACGGCAGAGAGCAGAGGCUGAAAAGAUACUCAAAGAAAAACUGGCUGCCAUCAACGAGGCAACUCGUCUGAAGACUGAGGCGGAGAUGGCUCUGAAAGCUAAAGAGGCAGAGAACGAAAGACUCAAAAGACAAGCAGAGGAGGAAGCUUAUCAGAGAAAGAUGCUGGAGGACCAAGCUGCUCAGCAUAAACAAGACAUUGAGGAGAAAAUCACACACCUGCAGACCACAUCUGUGUCUGAGUUAGAGCGACAAAAAACUAUUGUGGAAGAAACUGUGAGGCAAAAGAGGCUGGUUGAAGAAGAAAUCCACAUCAUUAAGAUCAGCUUUGAGAGAGCAUCAAGAGAGAAGUCAGAUUUAGAGUCGGACCUGAAGAAAUUGAAGGGCGUUGCAGAUGAGACAGAGAAAAGCAAACGCAAAGCUGAGGAGGAGGCAGAGAAGCUGAAAAAGCUUGCUGCAGAGGAAGAGCGGAAAAGGAAAGAAGCUGAGGAGAAGGUGAAACGGAUUACUGCAGCCGAGGAAGAGGCAGCAAGACAAUGCAAAGUUGCUCAGGAAGAAGUUGAACGCCUCAAACAGAAAGCUGCUGAAGCCAAUAAUCAGAAAGACAAGGCUGAGAAAGAGGCUGAGAAGCAGGCCAUUCUGGCCAAAGAAGCAGCACAGAAAAGCACGGCUGCAGAGCAGAAAGCCCAAGAUGUCCUCAGUAAGAAUAAAGAAGACAUUCUUGCUCAGGAAAAGCUGAAAGAUGAGUUUGAAAAUGCCAAGAAACUUGCACAAGCAGCUGAGAAAGCCAAAGAGAAAGCAGAGAAAGAGGCUGCCUUGCUCCGUCAAAAAGCUGAGGAGGCUGAAAAACAGAAAAAAGCAGCAGAGGAUGAAGCAGCUAAACAGGCCAAAGCUCAAAAGGAAACAGAGAAAGUGAGGAAAGAAGCAGAGGAGGAGGCCGCCAAGAGAGCAGCAGCCGAGGCAGCUGCUCUGAAGCAGAAGCAACAGGCUGACGCAGAGAUGGUCAAGCACAAAAAAGAAGCUGAGCAAGCACUCAAACAGAAGUCUCAGGUUGAAAAGGAACUUAAAAUGGUUAAAUUGCAACUGGAUGAGACUGAUAAGCAGAAAGCAGUGUUGGAUGAGGAGCUUCAGAGAGUCAAAGGUGAAGUGAAUGAUGCUGUCAAACAGAAGGCUCAAGUGGAGGAGGAACUGUCCAAAGUUAGGAUCCAGAUGGAAGAGCUCCUGAAACUCAAGCUCAGAAUUGAGGAGGAAAAUCGUCGCCUGAUGAAGAAAGAUAAGGACAGUUCUCAGAAGUUACUCGCAGAAGAAGCAGAGAAAAUGAAAAGCUUGGCAGAGGAAGCUGCUAGACUUAGUGUGGAGGCUGAAGAAGCAGCCAGACAGAGGCAGACUGCAGAGUCUGACCUGGCUGAGCAGAGGGCACUUGCAGAGAAAAUACUAAAGGAGAAAAUGCAGGCCAUCCAGGAGGCUACCAAACUGAAAGCCGAGGCAGAGGAACUGCAGAAACAAAAGAACCAGGCACAAGAAAAGGCUAAAAAACUACUGGAGGAUAAGCAACAGAUCCAGCAACGUCUUGACAAGGAGACCCAGGGCUUCCAAAAAUCACUGGAGGUUGAGCGAAAGAGACAGCUUGAAGUUUCCGCCGAGGCAGAAAAACUGAAAUUGAGGGUCAAAGAGCUCAGCGAUGGUCAGGCUAAAGCUGAAGAGGAGGCUAAGAAGUUCAAGAAACAAGCAGAUGAGGCAAAAGCUCAGCUUCAAGUGACAGAAAAGCACACUACAGAAACUGUUGUGCACAAGUUGGAGACACAGAGGCUUCAGAGCACCAGAGAGGCUGACGACCUGAAGAAAGCCAUCGCAGACCUCGAAAAGGAGAGAGAGAAGCUGAAAAAGGAGGCGGAGAACAUUCAGAAAAAAUCUCAAGAGAUGGCAAAUGCCCAACAAGAACAAAUUGAGCAGCAAAAGGUCAAACUUCAGCAGUCUUUCCUUACAGAAAAAGAAGUGUUGUUGAAAAGAGAAAAGGCUGUUGAAGAUGAGAAAAAGAAGUUUGAGAUGCAGCUUGAGGAGGAAAUCAACAAGGCCAAAGCCCUGAAAGAUGAACAAGAACGUCAGAGGAAGUUAUUGGAGGAGGAGAAGAAGAAACUUCAGGCAAUAAUGGACGAGGCUGUGAAGAAACAAAAGGAGGCUGAAGACGAUAUGAAAAACAAGCAGAAAGAAAUGGAAGUGCUGGAAAAGAAAAGACUUGAGCAAGAAAAACUUCUGGGAGAAGAAAACAAAAAGCUCAGAGAGAAACUUCAGAACCUUGAAGUUUCCGCCAAACAGAGUGUAUCACAAACAAAGGAAAUUGAAGUCCAGACUGAUAAAGUUCCCCAGGAGCAGUUAGUUGCCAUGACAAUGGUAGGAACAUCAAAGAGUGUGUUCAAUGGUUCUGUUGAAGUGGAUGGAGUUAAGAAAGAUGGAAAAUCACCUUUAUUAUUUGAGGGAAUAAGAGAGAAAGUUCCAGCUGAAAGGCUCCAUGAUAUUGGGGUCAUAACCAAGAAGGAGCUUGACAAACUGAAAAAGGGCAAAGUGUCUGUGCAAGACCUUGGAAAGACUGACAAAGUGAAAUCAUGUCUUAAGGGUCAGAACACUGUUGGAGGUGUCCUGACACCUUCCAAAGAGAAAAUUAGUGUCUAUCAGGCCAUGACAGAGAACAAAAUUAGCCCAAGCACUGCCAUGAUGCUCCUGGAAGCUCAAGCAGCUUCUGGUUACAUUGUAGAUCCGGUAAAAGAUAAGCUCCUCUCUGUAGAUGAGGCUGUUAAGGAUGAGGUGAUUGGCCCUGAGCUCCAUGACAAGAUGCUUUCUGCAGAGAGAGCAGCUACUGGCUUCAAAGAUCCCUAUACUGGAGACAAAAUCUCACUCUUUGAAGCCAUGAAGAAGGGACUGAUAGAGAAGGAGCAGGCCACCAAAUUCUUAGAUGUGCAGCUUGCAACUGGGGGCAUCAUUGACCCUAUCAACAGCCACAGAGUACCCCUGCAGACUGCCUACAAGCAAGGUCAAUUUGACGAAGACAUGAACAAGAAACUCACUGAUCCCAGCGAUGAUUGCAAAUUAUUCAUUGACCCCAGCACUCAGGAGCAACUGACUUACAAACAGUUACUGGAGAGAUGCACCAAAGACACAGAUACAGGCCUGCUGAUACUACCAGUAUCGGAUAAAGCUGCUCAAAGUGAAAAAUACACAGAUAUUGAGACUAAAGAAGUGUUGAGUAAGUCAAACGUUGCUGUGCCUUUUGGAAAAUUCAAGGGAAAAACUAUCACCAUUUGGGAAAUCAUCAAUUCUGAGUAUUUCACUGAACAGCAAAGACGAGAACUAAUUCGCCAGUACAAGACAGGCAAGAUCACUGUGGAGAAGAUAAUCAAAAUUGUCAUUACUGUCGUGGAAGACAAGGAGAAGAAUAGUGAAAAUGCCUUUAAUGGUUUGAGAGCUCCAGUCUCUGCCAACGAAUUGUUAGAGUCCAAGGUGAUAAACAAAGACUUGUUCAACAAGUUGAGUAAUGGUAAGAUAACAGUUAAAGAGAUCUCAGAGAUGGAGCCUGUCAAGAAAGCACUGCAGGGAACACCAAGCAUUGCUGGACUAUUGAAUGAACCAACCAAGGAGAAAAUGUCUUUCUAUCAAGCUAUGAAGAAAGAAUUACUAUCACCUGAAACUGCACUGAACCUCCUUGAAGCUCAAGCAGCAACUGGGUUUGUAAUCGAUCCUGUCAAAAAUGAGAAGGUCCCUGUUGAUGAAGCUGUUAAGUCAGGAAUUGUAGGCCCAGAACUGCAUGAACGACUUCUAUCUGCAGAGAGAGCUGUCAGUGGCUUCAAAGAUCCAUAUACAGGAAAGAAGGUGUCUCUGUUUGAAGCAAUGAACAAAGGCCUUAUUACAAAAGACCAUGGCAUUCGUUUGCUUGAGGCGCAACUCUCAACAGGUGGAAUUAUUGACCCUGUCAAAAGCUAUCGCAUCCCACAUGAAGUUGCCUGCAAGCGUGGAUAUUUGGAUGAGAAAAUCUCCAAGACCCUGAACAAGAGCACUGAUGAAACAAAGGUAUUUUAUGAUCCUAACUUGCAAGAGGACGCAACCUAUGCAGACCUCAUGAAAAAGUGUGUCACAGAUAAAGACACUGACCUCCCAUUGCUCCCCCUCUCAAAGGAAGCUGCAAAGCCAAAAGAGGAAAAACAGAUCACAGAGGCAAAGACUCAAGAGGAUUUGAAUCAAACAAGAAUGGAACUGGAGUAUGGCCCUUUCAAAGGAAGGAAGGUCACAAUUUGGGAAAUCAUAAACUCGACAUACAUCACUGAGGAGCAAAGAAUACAGCUUAUUCGACAGUACAGAAUGGGGCAAGUGACUAUUGAAAAAUUAAUAACAAUUGUAGUAACUAUGGUUGAGGAAAAGGAAGACAAAGCAAAAGAAGCCAUCUGCUUUGAAGGCCUUAGGGCACCAGUUCCUGCCAACUCAUUGCUUGAUUCCAACAUAAUUGACAAGGCUACAUUUGAUCAACUCCAACAGGGUAAAAAGACACCGAAAGAAAUUAGUGAAACUGAUAAGGUCAGGAAGUACUUACAGGGCACAGCAUGCAUUGGUGGUAUCACUAUGGAAGAUUCAAAUGAGAAGUUAAGCAUUUAUCAAGCAAUGAAAAAUAAUGUUUUACAACACAACACAGGGCUCGCAUUACUGGAGGCUCAAGCUGCAACUGGUUUCAUAACUGAUCCAGUCAAAAAUAUGAAAUACUCUGUCGAUGAUGCUGUGAAAGAUGGAGUUGUUGGCCCAGAGCUUCAUGAGAAACUUCUCAUAGCUGAAAAAGCAGUGACCGGAUACAAAGAUCCAUAUACAGGCAACACAAUUUCUCUAUUCCAAGCCAUGAAGAAAGAGCUUGUACUAAGAGAACAUGCUAUUCCUCUCCUGGAGGCUCAGUUUAAUACAGGAGGGAUCAUUGAUCCAGUCAGCAGCCAUCGUGUUCCCAAUGAUGUGGCCAUUCAGCGUGGCUGUUUCAGCAAACAAAUGGCUAAGUCCUUCAAUGAACCCUCAGGUGACAUUAAAGGAUUCACUGAUCCCAACACCAAUGAGAGUGCAACUUACAAGCAGUUGCUGGGGAAAUGCACCAGAGAUCCCUCCUCUGGUCUGUGCUACCUGCCACUGACUAAAGUUGAGGCCCCUGCUCCAGUUGAGAAAUCCUAUCAGUGCACAGAGGAGCAAGCCCAAACAGAGCUAGCCAACACUCAAAUUGACAUACCACACAAGAGUUUUGCAGGCAAGAGUAUGUCCAUUUGGGAAGUCAUGAACUCAAAUAUGCUUCCAGAGAAGGAGAGGCAGCGUCUCAUGGAACAGUUUCGCCUGGGUCAAAUCACAAAAGACAGAAUGCUUAUCAUCAUCAUUGAAAUCAUUGAACAAAGAGAGAUACUCAAGGUAGAUCAGAGCAUGUCAUGUGAUGUAAUCAGAAGAAGAGUUACUAUUGAAGAGCUAUACAGUGCUCGAAUCAUUGACUUGCACACAUACAACCUCCUCAAACAAGAAAAGAUGUCGAUUCGGGAGGUCAUGGAAAUGACAUCAGUAAAACAGUACCUCUUUGGCACUGGUACUAUUGCUGGAAUUAUGUCAGACAGUCCACCAAAGAUCAGCAUUUACCAGGCUAUGAAGAUUGGGAAGAUUAACCCUGAAAUUGCUUUGAAUCUCCUGGAGGCUCAAGCAGCAACAGGAUUCAUGAUUGAUCCGGUUAAAGAUGAACUUCUAACAGUUGAUGAAGCUGUGCGCAAAGGACUUGUGGGCCCUGAACUUCACGACAAACUUCUCUCUGCUGAGAGAGCUGUCACAGGCUAUAGGGAUCCCUACAGUGGGAAAGUGAUUUCUCUGUUCCAGGCUAUGAAAAAAGACCUGAUUCCUGAGGAUUAUGCAUUGAGGCUUUUGGAGGCUCAGAAUGCCACUGGUGGAUUAAUAGAUCCUGAAUACUACUUCCGCCUCCCCUCAGACGUAGCUAUGCAGCGUGGAUACAUCAAUAAAGAGACACUUGACAGAAUAUCUGAGCCUACUGGCGACGUUCAAGGAUACACUGAUCCAACAACAGAUGAAAAGCAGUCCUAUGCCCAGCUACUGAAAAGAAGCAGAGUUGACAAAGAAAGUGGUAUGAGACUGCUUUCACUGGCAGACAGAAGACUUCUCUUCAAGGGUCUCAGAAAGCAAAUUACUGUGGAUGAGCUGCUUCGUUCACAGAUUAUUGACCAAAAGACCUUCAAUGAGCUCACUGAAGGUGUCAUAACGGUGGAGGAAGUCAGCAGAGACGUGAAGAAAUUCCUUGAGGGAACCAGUUGCAUUGCUGGUGUAUAUGUAGAAUCUACCAAAGAUCGUUUGUCCAUUUAUCAGGCCAUGAAGAAGAACAUGAUCAGACCAGGCACUGCCUUUGAACUCCUUGAGGCUCAAGCUGCCACAGGAUAUGUCAUUGAUCCUAUCAAGAACCUUAAACUCAAUGUCAUAGAAGCUGUGAAACUGAAUGUUGUUGGCCCAGAGUUUAAAGAAAAACUCAUCUCAGCUGAACGAGCUGUCACAGGCUACAAGGACCCGUAUUCUGGCAAGAUCAUCUCACUAUUCCAGGCAAUGAAGAAGGGCCUCAUUCUCAAAGACCAUGGCAUUCGUCUGCUGGAGGCUCAGAUUGCUACUGGUGGAAUCAUUGAUCCUCAGGAGAGCCAUCGAUUGCCAGUUGAAACAGCUUAUGAACGUGGCUUAUUUGAUGAGGAAAUGAAUGAAAUCCUCACUGACCCAUCUGAUGACACAAAGGGCUUCUUUGACCCCAACACAGAGGAGAAUCUUACCUACCUACAGCUCAUGGAGAGAUGUAUGACUGACCCAGAAACAGGCCUCGCUCUUCUGCUGUUGAAAGAAAAGAAGCGCGAGAGGAAGACGUCAUCCAAGUCUUCUGUGCGUAAACGUAGGGUCGUCAUUGUUGAUCCGGAGACUGGUAAAGAAAUGUCUGUGUAUGAGGCCUAUCAGAAAGGGCUCAUUGACCACCAGACAUAUCUAGAGCUUUCAGAACAAGAGUGUGAAUGGGAAGAAAUCACCAGCACUUCAUCCGAUGGAGUUGUGAAAUCCAUGAUCAUUGACAGGCGGUCAGGUCGCCAGUAUGACAUUGAUGAUGCAAUCUCACGGGGUCUGAUUGACAAGUCAGCACUCGAUCAGUACCGAGCAGGAAGUCUGUCCAUCACAGAGUUUGCAGACAUGUUGUCUGGAAACAUGAGUGGAAGUAGAUCACGGUCCUCCUCCUUUGGCUCAUCUUCCUCCUACACCAUGAGCCCAGUACCUUCCAUAAAAACACCAGCAACCGUAUGGAAUGAUCCAACAGAGGAGACUGGCCCUGUCGCUGGAAUCUUAGACACAGAAACACUGGAGAAGGUGUCCGUCACGGAGGCUAUUCACAGGAACCUUGUAGACAAUAUAACCGGUCAGAGGUUGCUGGAAGCUCAGGCCUGCACUGGAGGCAUCCUCGACCCAAAUACUGGAGAGAAGUUCUCUGUUGCUGAUGCAAUGAAUAAAGGGCUUGUGGAUAAGAUUAUGGUGGACCGCAUCAAUCUAGCCCAGAAGGCUUACAAUGGAUUUGAAGAUCCUAGAACAAAAACAAAAAUGUCUGCUGCCCAAGCUCUUAAGAAAGGCUGGCUCUACUAUGAGGCUGGACAGCGAUUCCUGGAGGUCCAGUAUCUCACUGGUGGUUUAAUUGAUCCAGAUGCCACCGGGAGAGUCUCUGUAGAUGAGGCUGUGAAGAAAGGCACCUUAGAUGCACGUACUGCACAGAAGUUACGAGAUGUUAGUGCUUACUCAAAAUACCUCACAUGCCCCAAAACCAAGCUGAAGAUCUCAUACAAGGAUGCGAUGGAAAGGAGCAUGAUAGAGGAAGGGACUGGUCUGAGACUACUUGAAGCAUCGUCCCAGUCUAGUAAAGGCCUUUAUAGUCCCUAUAGCAUCAGUGGGUCUGGUUCAGGUGCUGGGUCACGGUCUGGUUCAAGAAGCGGAUCCAGGUCAGGCUCCAGAAGAGGCAGCUUUGAUGCCACAGGAUCGAGUUUCACCACCACCUUCUCCUCUUCCUCCUACAGUUCACCCAGCUACAGCCGUCGAUACUGAUGAGUCCAAACGCCAAGGAAUGCUAAUCUAAGGAAACGAAACACUAUAAACCACAGUUCUCACCAGAUGCCUAAUUCUCAGUGGAAUAAAGACUGCCUUUAUUCUGCUCUGCAUGUGGUAGUUACACAAUACAUUUGAUAUCAGUUACAUUUUUUUGUAUAUUUUACAUUUGCUUUUAGCUAUCAUAUAAAAUGUUGAUAACCAAACUGUAAGCACUUAAGAGUAUGUAACAGCAGCAUUAUUUUAGUGUACAUUUUUUUUUAAAUUCACUAUCCUACACAUUAAUUUUACCACAAACGUACAUUUAUUUCCCUGGUUGGUAAAGAUAACCAAAUUGGUUGUACAAUAAAACACAUCUUCUGAACAAGCUUUUAAAGAAAGAUAAAAAUCCACUCUGCAGAGCAGAAUAAGGAGUCUGUCUCCUGAAGUUGAACCACACUACAGAGUGUCUGCUUUAAGAAGGCCAAGCUUCAAGAUCUUUCCUCUUCUGGGCUCCACUGCCUCGUGUAAUCUGAAAAAUAACAGAAAUCAAAAAACCCUGGAGCUGCAGCAACAUGCCUAACCUUUGUGAAAUAAUCUCCCAAAGAACAAACUCACACAACUGAAUAUGUAGCCUCUUCUGACCAUUAACACCAUCUGACUGAGUUUCUGGACUGACUGAACAUCCAACGUCAAGACAAACACAUACAACUCCCAGCGUUUUUGGACAUUUAAAAAGGUUCUUGUCUUCACGGAUCAUCUCGUCUCCAGCUCUUCUCAGACGUCUUCCAGAGACCCAUCAGCACUGACCUGCUGUCGUCAGCCAUUUUUUUGCAAUAGUACACUUAACUCUUCCAGUAGAUUAUGUUAUAGAAAACGUGGACCAUAUUCUGAAACUCGCAUCUAACCCGUGAACACAUUUAAAGGCCUAAUCCGUGCUUUGUAAGUGCCUGCAAAAUACCGUUUGACGUGGAGCGGUAUAAGAUGGUGCGGUGGUUUCCACUGCAGACUGACUCAUGCAUGACUGAAAGAGCAAUGCUACUUAUAACUGUACUUUAACUGUUAUCAGGUAAUCCUUUUUACAUCACUACGUCACAAUCUAACUCUAAAAGAAAAAGACUAACAGUUCAUUUCAGUGGUUUAUGAAUGUGUAAUAGGUAAAAAUGUGCUUUUAUUUGAACAGUUUUUCUUUCACAGACAGGUAUACGUACGUACUGUAUAUUGAUGAUUAUGUCGAGCACUGUUGCUUCAAAAAAAGCCAUGAAUUUGAACAUUUCUUUGAGAAAGAUCUUAAAGCUUUUGCCGCCAGACCCAGUAUUUCUAUUUUCCCGCCACACGUACUUGUUUUGGUUUGAAAUGUAAAGCGACGGUUGAAACCUACAGUAUAUAUCGUUUUAUUUUCGUACUCCGCUUUGCAUGUUUUACUAACAUUUAUUCAUUAAAGUGUUUAUUUUAUCGUUUCAGAAAAAACAGGUUUGAAGGAUGUAUUUUACUGAGGGUCAAGCCUUGUUCAAAAUGGUGUAUUUAUAUUAAAAUGGUGACAAGGAAUUUUAUUGUAACGCCUUUACGCAGUGUAAAUAAACAUGGAAAUGAU